CAGACACGCUUUAGGCUUCUAUCCCCCGGAAUCUGGUGGUGCUGCAGAGUGUGUUACUCCCUCCCUGAGGCAGAGAGUGUUAGAAUCACCAAGAAGAGUGACAGUUCCUGAAACUUGGGGCUACUAUACCAAAUCAGAGAAUCCAUCUCCACCAACAUGGCAGGUGGCCAUGGACCUGCGGGAGAUGGAAUCAGAAUACACCAGUCGGAAAGGUAAGAAAGUGCUCAUUGUCUAUGCACAGCAAGAACCCAUGUCCUUCAAUGGGUCCCUGAAGAAGGUGGCUGUUGAAGAACUGAGCAAGCAGGGAUGCACAGUCACUGUGUCUGACUUAUACACCAUGAACUUUGAGCCAAGGGCCACAAGAAACGACAUCACGGGUGCCCUCUCUAAUCCUGAAAUCUUCAGAUAUGGGAUAGAAACCUAUGAAGCCUACAAGAAAGAAGCUCUGACCAGUGACAUCCUUGAGGAGCAGAGGAAGGUGCAAGAAGCUGAUCUAGUGAUAUUUCAGUUCCCGCUCUACUGGUUCAGUGUUCCAGCAAUCCUAAAAGGCUGGAUGGACAGGGUGCUGUGCCAAGGUUUUGCCUUCGACAUCCCAGGCUUUUAUGACUCCGGUUUUCUUAAGGUAUGUGCUCUGGAGGGUAAAUUAGCCCUCCUUUCCUUAACCACUGGAGGCACGGCUGAGAUGUACACAAAAUCUGGGGUCAGUGGAGAUUUCCGGUACUUCCUGUGGCCAAUCCAGCAUGGUACACUGCACUUCUGUGGAUUUAAAGUCCUUGCCCCGCAAAUCAGUUUUGGUCUUGAUGAUUCAUCAGAAGAAGAAAGGAAAGUGAUGCUGGCAUCGUGGGCCCAGCGGCUGAAGACCAUCUGGAAGGAGGAACCCAUCGACUGCACACCCCCAUGGUACUUCCAAGAGUAGCAUUUUGUUCUCUGAGUACAUACAGCUAACAAGCAACACAGUGAGACCUAAAGCAUGUGCAGGGAAGAUGGUCCUGUACCCAUUGCCCACCAAUGAGUGUCUCCAGUUUCACACAGCUAGGUCGUGUAUGCCAAAACCAGCUGGUUGCACUGUAUUAGUUGUGCCUGGUUAUUAUUCACUCAUUUUUCCUUUCUUUAAUGUUUCUCUAAAAAUCUCUUAGUUCUUCCAACUUUCAUAGUAUACUUUUCUGAACAUGGAGAUGGAUUUCUUUGUUGUUUUAUUUAACU